GCAACAUCAACAGUAAUGGAGGUUAACAUGGGUAACGGUGGACUAGGCUCAUCCAACGAUGCCAUCGAUGUUGUUGUUGUUGGUGUUGCUGCUACUGCUGAUGAUAAUUUGUCAUGCGAGUCACGCAGCUCACGAGAUGGAGUUGGCAUUGCUGUUGCUGUUGCAGAGUUAAAGCAAUGGGGCCAGCUGAGGGGACUAGAGCAACAGCAGGGAAGAGAUGAUGAGGCGUGCCAGUCAGCGACAGUUGGAGCGGAUAGUAAAUUGAAUGGUAUGCAAACAGAGGCGCGUGCGCGUGCUGAAUACAUCGGCAACAGCAACAACAAUAACAACAAGAGUAACAGCAAUAGCAAACCAUCAACGGAAGUGACCACGAAAUGUGAAUGCGCACAAGUCGAGCAUGAGAGAGUCCAGAGCCCGAUUCAUAGUCAGAGUCAGAGUCAGAGCCAGAGCACGAGUUUAGGCGCAAACGCAGUCCAACAACCACCCAAAGUGACAGUGGCAACAACAACAACAGCACCAGCACCACCAGAAGAGGCACUCAGCAGUGACAAUGGGAGCAGCGCCUGCUCAAUACCGAAAAUUGUUGGUGAGCUUUUCAAAGCCAACCAAUUUAUAAACUCAGAAGCAAUAGCAGCAGCAGUCGUAGCAGCAAGCGCAGCUGAGCAGCAGCAGCAGCAGCAGCAGCAGGAGAAGUCAACAAAUUCUGGCCAAGAACAAUUAGAGUUAAUAAAAAAAUGUGAAAAUUUUGUGAAAGAAGAAGAAAAAAAUCAAGUAAUUGCAGGACAAUAUACAAAAUUAUACAAUAAACUUGAACACGAACAGCAGCAGCAACAACAGCAGCAGCAGCAGCAGCAGCAGCAGGACAAAAACUUGAACGGCAAUGAAAACUUUGACGGCGACAACGCGCAACGUACAGAAAAAUUUGUGCAAAAAAAAGUAAGGCCAAACGCGUUGUCUACUCAUGGGCCAAAUAGAAAUUUUUUUUCAUAUUGUGAAAAUGUGCAAAGUGUUGUAGAGGAAGGAGCAGCAGGAGAAGGAGUAGAAGCAGCAAUAGUAGUAGUAAACGAAAGUUGCCAAUCAAAGGAGCAAGGGCAGCAAAAUCCAGAGAUAAGGCAAAAGGAAAAACAGUGGCUAAAAGAGAAGGAGGAGGAGGAGGAGCAGCAGCAGCAGCAGCAGCAGCAGGAGCAGAAGGAGGUGGAGGAGACGAUAACGAAGGAGGCGCCAUUGUCAUUGCCAUAUUUUAGCUUAGACGGUGCUGCUCUCUUGUCUGACAAUUUCGUGGCAUAUAAUAAUGCUGGUGUUGCUGGUUGGGCGAAUGUUGCUAAUGUUGUCCUUCCCUUGCCACAAAGUGAGCCAGUUGUUGUUGCUGACGGUUACGUGGAUAACGUGAAAAUUUGCAAUAAAGCAGACAACAAAGCAUUAGAUCAGAAAUUGAAAUUUGAGCAACGAUUAAAGCAUAACGAAUGCAAUACCGAUGACAGUAGCAACAUACAACAACAACAAGAACGACAACAACAACAGCAGCAACAACAAGUAGCUUCUUCAAAUGAAUGUAACGAGUACGUGACAAAAUUCGAUCUUCAAUUGAGUAAAAAACCAACGAGUGGUUAUAAAUACUUAAAAAUUGAAGCGAGUACAAAUGAUAAAGAGGAUACUAAGCUCAUUGAUUGUGAUUCACUGACUGGCCCCAUAACAACAACAACAACAGCAAUAGGAAUACCAACAACAAACGCAACGAUUGAAUGCAUUAAAACAACAGCAACAAGCUGCAGUGAUUGCGAUCUUAUUGAUUUUGAAAACGAUUCUGGCGAUGACUUUGUGGCCAGUCAGCGAUUGAAACGUUUGCAAUAUAAUUUUCAGGGACGCGUGACCAACAGCAACAGCAACAACAACAGCAACAACAACAACAACAGCAGCAACAGCAGCAGCAACUUUGAUUGUGUAAAGGCAUUUUUAAUAGAGGAUAUAAGCACAACAACAAAGAAACUACCCCCUCAGGCUUUAGAUGCCCCACACCAUAACGAUAACCAUAACCACCACCACCACCUGAAUCCGAAUCCGAAUCAGAACCAGAACCUGAACUCCACCAACACCAACAACCCCGCUCAGGACAAUAAAUUAGUGGAAGAAGAAGGAGCCACAGCUGUAAAAGUCGAGGCCAUUGUUGAAAGCUCAAGUGCAAUACAAUUAAAUGUGAAUUGUAUUCAAGUCGAGCAAUUGCCAAAUGAAAACGAAAAAACUGUCUCGGUCUCCAGACAAACAGCUGAAGAGCUCAAGGAGCAUGAGAGAUUGCUGAAUAUAGAGCCAGAGUUGCCACAAUUGCCAUUGCGCUUGUGCAGUGAGAAAACGUCAAUUGAAACGACAGCGACAACAUUGACAGCUGCCAGCGACCAGGUGGUGAUUGAAAUUGAAACUAACGACGAGGACGAAGACGAGGACGUGGACGAGGACGAAGACGAGGCGACAACAAUCAGAAGCGCAUUUGUGCCAACGCAUAUAGCAAGUGAGGCCAGUAUUGGGCUUAAACAAAAGGAUAACAGCAGCGAGUUAAAUAGAAAUUUUGGCAAUACGCUCAGUGAGUUUGAUGUACAACGUUUCAGUGAAUAUUUGAAAGCAGCACGUCAACUAAAAUUGGUUGAUCUCAACCAUAAUGUUAAUUUAAGUCAUAAUUUGAAAAUCAAACAGAAUCUAAAUCAUAAUCACAAUCAUCAUAGCCAAAGUGCCAAGCAACGAGGCAAUUAUCAGUGUUACGACGAGUUACUCGCCGAAUUUGUUAGCGAGCAACAAGAGUACAACAACAACGAUCCCGACGAUAACGAAUCGCCAUCUGAGUCGGAGGAUAUAGAAAGUGACGACGCUAGUGAUAACGAAAGCGCCUGCCAGUGCCAUGAGUGCCUAGCCAUAAGCGAUAAAGACCAGAAACAUAACAACACAGAGGUUAACAUAAAUAGUAACAACAACAACAACAACCAAAACAACAACAACAACUAUUAUAAGAUAACAACACUUUCAACUUUAAACCCAAUUACUAGCGAGCAUUACAAAAUGCGUGAGGUCAAUGGCCAAUUGCGGGGUCUAUUAAAAAAACCAAAUCGUCCGCCAGCAGCACGCAAAAAUCGUGUAGUUUUCGAUGAGACACGUAAUGAGUUCUUUGAGGCGGAUUAUAUCAUUUUGAUACGUGAAGAUUGCGCCUACGAUGAGGAGGAUGAGGAGCCGUGCACCUGCGGUGAACAUGAGCUGGUGCGUCUAUGCUGUGAGGAGGGUUGCCAAUGCAACUAUGCCGUUAAUGCAGGCGAUGCAGCUGCCGAUGGACGAACGCCACAGAGCCCAAAGUAUCAGCCACCUAUUGAGUUUGUUGACGAUGCUGCUCUCAGUCCACCCGAUGGCUAUAAGGAUAGCAGCCUUAAAAACACACUGGGUGGUGCAUUGAGUGGACAUAUUUUUGGGGCACAGCAUUUGCAGCAGUUGCAGGUGAUUCAACGUUUGCAACAGCAACGUGCGGCCAUGUUGGCCGCUCGUAAUAGCAACAGUCAAAUACCGCCACCACCGCCACCCGUUGGAAGUGCUCAACAGCAGCAGCAGCAGCAGCAGCAGCAACAGCAACAACAACAACAGCAGCAGCAACAACAACAGCAGCAGCAGCAGGCUCAACAACACCAUCAACAGCAGCAACAUCAUGGCACACAGCAGCAACAUCAUGGUGUACAGCAGCAACAGCCAGACGAGGACCUUCAGGGCGUUUGCACAGAAUGUGCGGAAUGCGCUGAAUGCGCCGCCAAACAGUUACAAGAAGCAGAAUGCAGCUCCCCGCAAUGCCAAGAGGAUUUGACACCACUUGGUGUGCCAGCUGUGGCCAUAUUACCAUUGCAUACCAGUUCACCAGAGCGUCGCAUUACCCAGAAAGAGAUCAUUGCCGGCGAGGAGAGGCCCAAAUAUGUUCUACAGUCUCAAUAUAAGCCAACAACUAAUUCAGCAGGGAAAAUUAGAAAGGAUAAGGAAAGUAGCAAAACUCACACCAAUCCAAGUGGCGGAUCUGUCUCCGUUUCCGGUUUGGGCUACAAUACAGCCUUAGUUCCACACACGAGUAAAAAUAAACGAUUUGUUGUUGAAACUAUUACCACUAUGACCACAGUGACCGAGCGACGCAUCAUACGGGAGGCCCACGAGGAUGUUACCAAUGCUGGCCCAGGCUCAGCAGCGGCAGCUUCGGCUUCAGGUGAUUCCCCAUUGCCACCGGCAUUGCCAGCCAAGGCCAGUGCCGUGGCAGCUGCAGCAGCAGCAGCAGCCGCUGCCGCCGCCGCAGCUGCUGCCGAGCAACAGCAAUACGAUGAUGAGGAUGACGAUGAUGAUGAUGAGAAACCACCUCCCAUACCGCCCAAGGAGACAUCACCCACGCAAAUAAGUGGCAUCUUGAAGGGUGGCAAACUUUGGAAACAGGAUUCCAUUUCCCAGCAAUCGGAUGACCAGAACAACACCACAUCAGAGGAUGAGAGUGGCACUACAAAGCGUUCGGUGCGUUUUGUUACCGAGGAUCAGGCCAAUGCUGGCGGUGACAGUGAUGUUCAAUCGUUGUCCGGCGAACUGGAUGAUAGCGAGAAUCAAAUCAAUGAGCUCAUUCCCAUCAAAAAACAUUCGACACUGUUUAACAAUGCUCUGCGACCCAAUUCGGCUGUGCGUCAGCUCUUUCCCAGUGUAUCGGCCCAUCAGGCUCCAGUCUUGACCUCGGAGGCAUUGCGCGCCUUCGAUGAGUCCAAGCGGGCGGGCUGUUUAGUCACCCAUUUGCCGGGCAGUUGUGGUGAUUCGGACACUCUUCGUCGCAGCAUGGAACGAAAUAUACUCAGGCGUUCCCUAAUCAAGAAAAAGGCUGUCAAAUCGGAUAUUUCGCUGGAGGAGCGCAUCAAGCAGUUGACAUGUGACAUUGAUGAGGAUUUGGUUGAGGAGCUGUCUUUGGCUCGUGCCGUUGAUGUUGAGGAUCCCGAUAAUAGUGAACGUGGCUCCGAUGAGAUGGCCCAACGGGAUAGCCCAGCUGGCGAGGAAAAUCCCAAUCCAAGUGCCAAUAACAAUUUGUCGGCCCAAAAGUUCAUGAAUGGUGAGAAGAGUUUCUCGCCGAGCAGUUCAGUGUCCAGCUCUUCCAGUGGUUCCUCGGCCUACAAAAAAAUAGCCGAUAUCUUUAAUCGUGAGAAGAAACAGGAGAAGAUAAUGGAGUUGGAGGAGAAUCCAAUUGUUAUUAUACCACAGGAAUGUCGCUGCCCGGCUGCCCCGGAUCUGGGCAUGGGUAUUCAAGUGCCUGUGGUCCAUACACAAAUCCAUCGUACGCCGCCUCGCCAAACGGAGCCAAAGCGUCAGUUCCUCUCCACAUUGGCCCCGUUGACCGCCUGCGUGGCCGGCAACAAGGAUGAUCUGUCUUCGUAUUACACCUUGGCAGCCGCCGCUGCUGCCCAUCAGCAUGGCCAUUCCCAUCAUGCGGCGCAUUAUGCAGCCGCUGCUGCGGCAGCUGACUUCAAUAUGGGACAAUUGCUGGGAGCUGCGGCAGCUGCUGCUGCCACUGGCGACGCAUCGUCGAUGCCAGCUGGGAUGGCCGCUCAGGCCGGACUUGCCGGAUUGGCUGGCGCGGGCGGAGCAGGUGGAUCGGGCGAGCAGGAGGUACGCAAAGUGGCUCCCGAUGUGAUUGCCGGCACACCCGGACAAGAAGCUGCUGGCCAGCAAGAUGAACUGGCUGCCUUUGCCCAGGCUGAGGCCAAGCGAACCGAGCAGCUAAAGAAACGUUACACCGGAGGCGAUCAGUCGCAGGUGAGCAGCGACGAUGACGAACAGAAUGAUUAUGGCUUCAAUAAGCGACCCUCGGUGCGUGGCAUCAAGCCCAAGUUUAGCUCCACAAACGAAAUACUUGCCCAAAUGCAGGAGCAACUGAGCGCCUCAAUACCAACAGUGGUCAAUAGUCAGCCAGUGCCACAGGCAAUUAAAAGUUAUGCCAUGCCCAAUACAGUCAAACAGAAUGCCUCGAAUUCGAAUCCCUCGCCCCAGAAUGUACCAACUCAGCAGCAGCAGCAGCAGCAGCAACAGCAACAGCAGCAGCAGCAGCAACAACAGCAACAGCAACAACAGGCUGCUGUGGUGGCUGCUCAGCAGGCUGCUGCCGCCGUCCAGCAGGCGCAACUGCAACAACAAAUGGCCGCAGCCAUUCAGGCCAAUACCAUAGCCCAACAGAAGACGGAGCAGCGCACAUGGAGCUUCUACAGUGAGAGCGGGGAGCAACAACGUUUCCCAGUGGAUGCAGCAACCGCUGCCGCUGCCAUACAACAGACCUAUUAUCAAACUCUACCCGCUGGCACCAUGUUCCGUCAGACGAUGAUCCAGCAGGGUGGAGCCACAGCCGGUGGCGAUGAGGCCUCAUUGUUGUAUGCCGCCGCUGCCGCUGCUGCCGCCCAGAAUUGCCAAAGUGUCACGGCCAUUGAGCAGACCAAGCACAGCAGCAGCACCGGCAGCAGCUAUAGCAGUCAUUUUGCUCGCAGUCCAACACGACGACCGGAAUCGCCGCCACCGUUGCGCAACUAUCAUCAGACAAUGGUCCUUAUACCGUACAAUGCGGAAACCUAUUCCCAGUUUGCCACCAGCAGCAGUGUCGAUCCCAAAUUGGCUCACAUUCAGCGACAGAAUAUACUCGAAUAUCAGCAGGUCACUCAACAGACAAUACGUGUGCCCAUUGGCUAUGCGUUGCCUGGUAUGCAAUUGCAUGUGGUUAGUGGCCGUGGCGGUGGUGCCGGUCAUUAUGGCCAGCAUCCAAAUGUGGCGCAACAUCAGCAUCAGCAACACCAGCAGCAACACCAACACCAACAGCAGCAGCAACAGCAGCAACAGCAGCAGCAACAGCAGCAGCAACAGCAACCACAACGUCUGUUAUCGCAACAUUAUCAAUUUGGAGCUGAUGGCGGUGGUAUUCCUGGUUUUAGUGAACGUGGUGUACCAGAAGGAGCUGCUGCCGUUUCUCAUAGUGAUUGCAAUGCCAUGGUAUCGCCGACAACAGCAGCAGCACAGCAGCAACAGCAACAGCAACAGCAACAACAACAGCAACAACAACAGGCACAACUACAACAAGUUGCCGGCGGUGCCACCGCUCAGGCUCAGGGAUCUGUUUAUUAUGCCAUGAAUGUAUGACCCGCAAUGGAAUAGUCGUUGCCAGCGGCGGUCAUUGUUGAGCGCCGCCAGUGUCAACGUGUCGAAUUGUCAGCAACUUCAGUGCAUUUGGGUAGCGGAGGUGGUGGUGCAGGUGGUGCAGGCGGCCUCGGUGGUUGCGGUAGAUGAGCGCCAAUCGCCAAUCGCCAAUUGUGGAUAGUCUGUUUUUGUCAUUCCCCCACAGCAAACAACAACAACAACAAAUAUUGCUCUGAGUUUAUGAUUUCAUCGAUUUCAGUUGAUCCUAGCGGGCGUUCCAUUUAUUUAUAUUUUCUCUCUGUAUGUGUAUUGUGUAUUUUAACUGUGUG